AUGAUCGCCAAACGAUUACCGUUUUUAGUGCUCGUAAGCAUCGUCUGUUUCCUCGGUGUAAGUUGGUGUGACAGGGAUAGUAAUCAACUUGCUAAAGAGCAGCUUAGUAAACCUUCUGACCUGGAUGCAGCGUUCUACGUGACGACAGAUUUCAUCCUACGCCUUAACAUUCUCAUCAAGCAUCUGGCACUGUACUCACUGGAUGAUGCACUCGACGCACGGCAAACGAUUCUGCAUGCCGGUGAGAUGUGGAAUCACACGCAAAAAUCGUUGGAAGAUCUUGUCCUACAUUCCCGAUCAGCGAUCGAUGUGCUUCCGGAUGGUAAUUUAACAAACACCUACCUACACGCGGCCCUGGAUGCGGUUCGAACGGAAAGGAGACACUUUAUGACACGAGUGGCAUUUUUCUAUCCUCCAAUGGCUACUGAGAUCGACGUGAUGGCGUUUAUCGAUCGUACGUAUCAAGAUGGCGGGAUGGUGACGACGAAUCCUGACAUAAUACUCCUAAUGCACUCAAGCGUACACCGACUGUCGAAAAUAUCGGAGGGACUAUUGAGUGCACUUGGAGCCGUCGUGUCCAACAGCGAUAAUCGACAGGCAAGAGCCAACCCAACGCAAGCUUCCGUCGAUUUGUUCAAUGAAGGGUUCUACCGUACCAUCGUAGACACUCAGUUAAACUUUCAAACGCAAGCGAAUCGACUAUUGAGACGCGUCCGUGCACAACUUGCCACCAUAACGCUAACCUCCGAGCUGGGUCUAUAUUUAACCAACUAUACCGGGCUUAUUACAAUGUUCAAAACGAACGUUACAACCCAUUUGAACCUGACCAGUGCCAACGUGAUGACGGCGAUGACCCUUAACCGCACAACGAUCGAUCUGCAGCUUAGUACCGGCAUUACCAACCUGCUAGCCUCGGUUGCAGCAUCCACCAGCCAUGCGUAUCUUGAGGUGUGCUUAAACCGUUACGUCUUCCCGUACUACGCCCAAUCGCUUGCCGUUGCAAAGCUUCUUUACUGUGGUGAACCGGAGUUACGUAUGCUAGAAUAUUUAGUUACAGUGGCCAUACCGAUCCUUGAGCGUGCCGCCAUAUCGGACAGCAGUGCAGUGAAGAUCAGUGUGAUCUGUUCAACGGGCUCAACUGAUUGUAUGACUAAUUAUUACAACUCACUAGCGGAUCAGUUUAUGGGGGCCCAAACACGGUUGACGAGUUACGUGGAGUUUAUCAAUCAGGAGCUGUUGGGACUAGAGCAGAGGGUGUACGUUUGCACCAACUCCACCGUGCUCGAUGUGGCGAACUAUGUAACCGUGAUAGCUACCCAAUUUGCCACCUGUUUAGAAACGGGAACAGUGUAA